AUGUGUGGAAUAUUUGGAUACGUAAAUUUUCUAGUUGAUAGAACUAGGGGAGAGAUUAUCGAUAAUCUUAUUGAAGGUCUUCUGAGAUUGGAAUAUAGAGGUUAUGAUUCCAGCGGAAUAGCUAUCGAUGGAGACAAAAAGGGCGAAACAGUAAUCAUAAAGAGUACAGGAAAGGUUAAAGUUUUGAAAGAGGAAAUUGAAAGGCAAAAAGUCGAAAGAUCGACUGUUUUUGAUAAUCAUGUAGGAAUCGCUCAUACCAGAUGGGCUACCCAUGGUCAACCUCGGUAUGAGAAUUGCCAUCCUCAUAGAUCAGACCCUUCAGGAGAAUUUGUAAUUGUCCACAAUGGUAUUAUUACGAACUAUAGGGCUUUAAGAAUUUUGUUAUUGUCAAAAGGCUUUGAAUUUGAAUCUGAAACGGAUUCAGAAUGUAUUGCUAAAUUGUUCAAGCACAUUUAUGAUACCAGUUUGAGAGCUGGAAUCUCCUUGGAUUUCAAUGAGUUGACCAAACAGGUGCUAUAUGAAUUGGAAGGCUCUUAUGGAUUAUUGGUAAGAUCUACACAUUAUCCAGGUGAGGUAUGUGGAACUCGUAAAGGUUCGCCUUUGUUGGUCGGUGUUAGAACUGAAAAGAAACUUAAGGUUGAUUUUGUUGAUGUUGAGUUUCCGGAGAACAACUCUGAGCCAAUUUCUUACUUGAAUCCGGCAAGUGACACUGGAUUACUUGCUGUCGCUGCAGGUGAGGCAAGUUUGAGAACCUCUCAAUCUAGAGCCUUUCUUUCAGAGGAUGGUAUUCCUAUGCCAGUAGAAUUCUUUUUGUCUUCGGAUCCUGCUUCUGUCAUUCAACAUACUAAGAAGGUUUUAUUUUUAGAAGACGAUGAUAUCGCUCAUAUCUAUGAUGGUGAAUUACAUAUUCACAGAGCUAAAAAACAAGCUGGCGAAUCUACUACUAGACAAAUUCAGACCUUGGAGAUGGAAUUAAAUGAAAUUAUGAAAGGUCCAUAUAGUCAUUUUAUGCAGAAGGAAAUCUUUGAACAGCCGGACUCUACCUUCAAUACUAUGAGAGGAAGAAUUGAUUUUGAGACAUCAAAGGUGACAUUGGGUGGGCUUCAGUCGUGGUUAACAACAAUCAGAAGAUGUCGAAGAAUCAUUAUGAUUGCUUGCGGUACUUCUUAUCAUUCUUGUUUGGCAACUAGGUCAAUCUUUGAAGAAUUGACUGAAAUCCCAGUCGCCGUUGAGUUGGCUUCGGAUUUCUUAGAUAGAAGAUCACCUGUUUUCAGAGACGAUACUUGCAUUUUUGUUUCUCAGUCGGGGGAGACUGCAGAUUCAAUAUUGGCUUUGCAAUAUUGCUUAGAAAGAGGAGCUUUAACUAUUGGUAUUGUGAAUUCUGUUGGCUCUUCAAUGUCAAGACAAACUCAUUGCGGUGUUCACAUUAAUGCAGGUCCUGAGAUUGGAGUCGCCUCUACGAAGGCUUAUACCUCUCAGUAUAUAGCAUUAGUCAUGGUUGCAUUAUCUCUUUCAAAUGAUUCAAUUGCAAGGAUUGAACGUCAUAGAGAAAUUAUCAAAGGGUUGCAGAAAAUUCCCGAGCAGAUUAAGACUGUUUUGAAAUUGGAAGAACAAAUCAAAAAAUUAUGUGACAGUACAUUGAAUGAUCAAAAGUCUUUACUUUUACUAGGUAGAGGGUAUCAACAUGCCAGCGCUUUAGAGGGAGCCUUAAAGAUAAAAGAAAUUUCUUAUAUGCAUUCCGAAGGUGUUUUGGCAGGUGAAUUAAAACAUGGUGUCUUGGCUCUUGUUGAUGCUAAGUUGCCAAUUAUUGCAUUUGCAACCAGAGAUUCCUUGUUCCCUAAGGUCAUGUCUGCAAUUGAGCAAGUUAUAGCCAGGGAAGGUAGACCAAUCAUUAUCUGUAAUGAGGGAGAUGAUAGAGUUGCAGCCACUAAAGCUUUCUGUACCUUACAAGUUCCAGAGACUGUGGACUGUCUACAAGGUCUUUUGAACAUUAUCCCCUUACAAUUGAUGAGUUAUUGGUUAGCCGUUAACAGAGGUAUUGAUGUUGAUUUUCCACGUAACUUGGCCAAGUCGGUUACGGUCGAGUAA